AACAUUGUUUGCACGCAGCGGCCAAUGUACAGCUUGAGAUUCACAACGAUGGCGCUUUCAAGACUGGCAGAUUUUCCAUCUGCGGUGAAUCUCGCCCUGUGCCUGAUCGCAUCGAUGCUUAUCAUAGCUGUUGCAAAUCGUCCCAACCUCAUCUACCGUUCAUUCGAAAGACGCGGAACCCAGCCAUUCAGAUGGUCGCCAAUUCACAAAGUCGUACGCGAAGGGUACCACGAGAUCAUCAAGAAAACUGGAAGACCUUUUGUAGUGCGAUGGUGGGCGAAGGACUACAUUAUAAUGCCACCCAAAUACUUGAAUGAUGUUCGCGGGGCCGGUUGGCAGCAUUUAAGUUUCUUCGCAAACAUCAGCAGCGCUCUACAUCUUUAUACCAGUGUCGGCGAUCUGUACACUGCCGAGUCAUCUCAGCGAAUGGUAGAUAUAGUGAAGAGAAAACUCAAUCCUCAAAUUCCCCAUUUGACCGCAGACCUUGUUGAAGAGAUUGAGUUCUCACUCGACAAAUUACUUGGCGACUGCUCUGAAUGGAAACACACGAAAGCGAUGGCGCUGAUGGCCGAACUAACACAUCGAACCGCGACACGAGUGUUAAUCAGCAAAAAGGCAUGUCGGGACGAGCUAUUCAUUCGGAAGUCUAUGAGUCUGUUAGAAUCGAUCUUCAUCACAGCUCUUGUGAUCGCUAAGCUUCCCCUGGGGCCUUUACUGGGCAUAUUGGCGUGGCCACUUGGCAUUCUUCACAGGCGAAAGUUGUACACAGCGAUGGAACUCUUGCGCCCAAUCGUUGAUGAGAGAAUUCAAGAGAACGUCAGGACCAAAGAUUCAGACAGACAUGACGCUAUCCAGUGGACUUUGGAACUCUUCCCGCAGCCAGCAAACCUGGAGCAGAAAGACAGGCUUCUAAAAGAACUACUCCAUAAUUUGUGGGCUGGAAGCUCGGCUCCUGGAGGCAUGAUGACGGAAAUCAUCUGGAAUCUUCUUCUACAUCGGGAUUACGUGCCCGAACUUCGAGAGGAGAUAGAAGGGGCAAUCAAUCAGUAUGGCUGGACAGAAAAGAUGGUCAAUAGCCUCCAUCUCUUGGACAGCUUCAUCCGAGAAACCAACCGCUUGUCCUCGACGGGCUCCAUCACUUGUGUCAGGACAGUCGUCGAUAAACCUUUCCAGUUCUCAGACGGCCUGAUUCUUCCUGCUGGCACUCGCUUUGGAUUCCCUUCCCAAGCUAUCCAAGACGAUAAUCAAGCGCUUUCGAAUUCAAGUCAGUUUGACGGUUUCCGACAUGCGAACAAGAACGGGAGAGAACAGUCUGAAACCGAUGGGGAUAGACGAGACUCAGCAUCUUCUGUAGAUACGCAUUACUUACCUUGGGGAUAUGGGAAUCACGUCUGUCCGGGACGAUUCUUCGCCGUGAGGCUGAUGAAACUGGUCAUUGCAAAGCUAUUACUCGACUAUGACAUCGAAUGGGACAGAAAGAUGCAGGAUCGACCCAGACCAGUUCAUAUUGAGGGUCAAUUCGUUCCAAACAUGAGCCAAAAGAUCGCGUUGAAAAAAAGAAUCCGAGACUAA